AUGGACAGCCAGUGGGCCGAGCUCCUCUCGAGGAUGGCAUCAAAUGCCUUGCGGGACGCCUGCUGCUGCUCCGCCUGUCUCGCGACAACGUCAUCGUCCAGGUGGUCGUCGGCAUUACCGUUGGCCCCAAGCUUGGGGUUAGCGAGCGAGGCUUCCAAGACUGCGGCGAGCUCGCCCGCCGCUGGACGGUCUGCGGCACGCUUCAUCAGCGAGCAUGCGGGGCUGGCGGAGGGGGAGGGGGGGGGGGGGGGGGGGGGGGGGGCGGGGUGCGCGAGCGAGGGCAAAGUGAGGGGUGGGCGGGCAGGGAAGAUAGUGUAG